GAGAGGCGAUGGGCGUCUAUAGCCUUAACAAUGUUAAUUACCAACGGUAAUGAGCGAUUAACUGUCCGGCUGAGGCGGGCCGGGGACUGCUAUGUAAAAUGGGCAGGACCCUGCACGGCAUCUGCCCAGUAUCUGUCUCCAGUCUUUCCAAGAGACCGUCCUAUGGCUACAUUUCCCUUCUGGCGCUCAGGCCUCCUUCCUCUACUUCCCAUCUCCGUGACCUUCCUUUGCAGACCCGCUGCGCUGAAAGUAGUGGACCGGGAAGUUCGCGCGGACACACUGACCUCUAAUGCCCUCCUCAGCUGGGGCACAGUGCAGGAAGAGCGUGGUCCAGGGAGGACGGGCGGGGGUAAAGGGGACGACUGAAGGUCGCCACUAUAAGCAAACAACCAGGCUGUCAAUGGAAUUUUUUUUUUCCUGUGCAGACUGAAAAAAUGCAGACCACCGGAGCAUUACUCAUUCCUCCUGCUCUGAUCCGCUGUUGUACCAGGGGUCUAAUCAGGCCUGUGUCUGCCUCCUUCCUGAGUAGGCCAGAGAUCCCAUCUGAACAGCCUUCCUGCAGCAGCUCCCCACUCCAAGUGGCCAGACGUGAGUUCCAGACCAGUGUUGUCUUCCGGGACAUUGACACCGCAGCCAAGUUUAUUGGUGCUGGGGCCGCCACAGUUGGUGUGGCUGGUUCGGGGGCUGGCAUUGGAACAGUGUUUGGCAGCUUGAUCAUUGGCUAUGCCAGGAACCCGUCUCUCAAGCAGCAGCUCUUCUCCUAUGCCAUUCUGGGCUUUGCCCUGUCUGAGGCCAUGGGGCUCUUCUGUUUGAUGGUCGCCUUCCUCAUCCUCUUCGCCAUGUGAGGCUCCAUGGGGGUCACCUACCCAUCCCUGCUGCUUCGACUCCAGGCCCUGCCCGGUGCUGGAGUGUGCUAAGCUUUACCAUUAAACACGACGUUUCUCUAAAC